AUGGCUCACCCCAUCGUCCCGGGUUGGCGCGAUUUCAAUGGCCAAUUCCUAGCUUAUGUUAUUGUCUGUGGUGUCCUUGCUAUCUUCUUCCUGUUAUACUUUAACAGAGUAUUCGCCUCUAUCGUCUCGUACAUGAUCCGCGCCUAUACCUGGCAUACUUAUCGUGUCUACAUCGAUAUACAAGCCUUGCAGUGGUCCUUACUCGGUGGACGAGUCUUCUUCACCGGCCUUCGAUAUCACGGGAAUAACGAAACAAUCCUUAUCCAGAAUGGGCACAUCACCUGGUCGUAUUGGUUGCGUAGAGUGCGAGAUGUCGGGGUUGGCGUAGGGAAAAAGAACGUAAAGAACGGAGAUGGUGUUGCGCUAGAUGCUGGUAAACAGCCGGAGCUUCCCUGCCGUGUCAAUAUUGUCGUAUCCGGGUUGGAAUGGUUCGUCUAUAACCGAAGUGCUGCUUACGACUCUUUGCUCGAUGCGAUGACCGAGAACCCUCCGCCUGAACCCGCCGAUGCGCUUGACGAAACCGAAGUCCUCAACAACGGCUCAGCCAAACUGCGACAUCGACAACGUAAGAGUCAAGAAAAAACCGAUCAUUAUAAGGAAAACGGCCUGAGCUUCACUGAUGAGAAGAAUGGAUUUGAAACUCACCACCAGAGGACCUUCAGUUCUAAUUCUGUCGCUGAGAGUAGUCACGAGAUAAAGGAGAAGGAGGAUCUUCCUCUGAUGCUACAAUUAUUCCCUAUAAAUUUCAGAUGCGACAAGGCCGCGAUGGUCAUGGGAAACGACAACACAAAAUCUAUUUUGAUCGCGAAAGCUAAAUCUUUAUCUGGGGAAAUUGAUGCCGCCGAUUGCCAGACUCCGGAUCCGUACCGCCAACUUUUCAAGAUCCGGCUCGAGGACCUUGUAGUUGAGAUGAAGGAGAACGAUGGGUUUAAGGAAGAGCAACUCACUAAAGCACAUAAGGAUCAACAAACAGCUAAAGACUCUAGCCCUGUACAAAACCGUCGAUUCUUUCGGGUGCAACGUCGUAAAGUACUUGGUCAAUUACGUUACAUGAUCCCGUACUGGAGGAAGUCUGUCGAGUCUUUUUCGGUGACUUCACAAGAUGGCGGAGAUGCACCGACUGACACUCGCAUACCUGGUUCUAACCAAUGGCAGGGGCUUUCUCGAUAUCUCAAUGACGAUGAUGAAGAUGAUAAGCUUAGAUGGUCAUCGGUCGAAUAUGCCUGUGUAAACACGAUAGCGGAGAGUCCUGAAGCAACACUAACGAUACUUUGGGAUGUCCCUGGAAGAGUCACAUCGCAUAGCGCGCCACAUCCCCCCGCAGGCAACAGUUCUUCGGAUAACGUUAAUGGGGCCACAGCGCCGGCAUGGGCGAUCAGCCUAUCAUUGAAAGGUGGCAUGCUUCACUACGGGCCUUGGGCGGAUAGACAGCGAGCCGAACUCCAGAGGGUAUUCUUCCCAGGUUUAUGUAAAGAUGCUGUACCUGCUCAGAAACUCCCGCUUGGCGCAUACAGGGUGCCUACGCAGUUUAACUUCUAUCUAGAAAUUGAAGAAGAGGUCAUACUCAGAGUGCCUACGCGCGAAGAUUCGAAAAACUGGAGGUGGAAGAAGGAGGCUCUCACGUUGCAGCAGCACCGAAAGCAGGGGAAUAGGCGAGAAAGGGGUCGCGACCGAAAGUCACCUGCGACGACAGCAGCACAACAGCGUCCCUACGGAUGGCUGGACAUCAAAGUAGCGCCAAAUGCCACAGUUUCAUAUAUCAUGGACAUGCUUGCAAGGCCGACCGGAUAUACGAACACGUUGAAGAUCGACCUUCCCUCGACUGAACUCUCGACCAGCGUCAAUCAUGGCCUUAUGUGGAAAUCUGGGCGUCAACAGAUAUCCUGUGAUAUGUCUACCCCUCUUAAAUGGAAUGCCCUCCGGACUUGGCGUUUUAACAUCGACAGCGAUGGGCUUGAACUUUUCAUUUUAAGAGAUCACAUAUUCUUACUCACAGACCUCAUAGAUGACUGGGGAAGCGGGCCACCUUCAGAAUACCUUACAUUUACCCCUUUCAAAUACCUCUUGAAUUUAAGGCUUCGUAGUCUGAAGCUUUAUCUCAACGUCAAUGACGUGAAUAUCGUCAAUGAUCCCACCAACUUUGAAGAAAAUACAUAUUUAGUCAUCUCUAGCCCAUGUUUGGUAGCAGAUACUUGCAUACCGAUAGAUAUCUAUCGACCCCCGACGAAUGCAAUACCAUUCCGGGUCACGGCCGAACCUCUCCGCGUCGACUUACAUGUUCCACCAUGGAACACUCAAGCGACAUUCUUACCCUCGAAAGAGAUAGGACACCUCGAAAGUCUAACUCUCGAAGGAAAAUACCACUAUAAUUCAACCACUUCACCCGCAAACACUGAUACCCUUGUCCUUGACGUUGGUGGACAAUCCCCCACUGCUUUUCUUUACGGUUUCCUCGUUCGAUAUUUCUUGCAAUUAAAAGACAAUUACUUCGGCGAUAACGUCCAUUUCAGAACCCUGGAUGAGCACCAGGAAGCCUUACGAACCAAAGAAGCGGCACCAGAUUCUCAGUCGACAGAUCGACCCCCGCAUAAGAAAUCCAACGACAUGGACGUCAUACUGAGCAUCCGUACUGACGACCCUAAGAUUUUUCUGCCCGCUAAUAUGUAUUCACCCAAGCGGCAUAUCCCGAUAGAGGCCGCCUCUCUGGCGAUCGAUCUUCGUUUCACAAACUAUUAUAUGGACCUCGACCUAUGUUUCAGCCCACUAAGCCUUUCCCUUGGCGAUGACGACGAAGGAGCCACUAGCCCGAUGAGUUCUAUACCGAGCACCCAGCUAUUCAUCGACGGCAUUACUAUCUAUGGGCACCGCCUAUUCGGUCUGCCGCCGGUUGAGCCUACAUACCUCUGUAAUUGGGACUUGAAAGUCGGAGCGGUUACUGGCGAUUGCUCGACCGAUUUCACAGCCAGUCUUAUACGAGGAGGAAAGGCAUUCGGCUUCUCCCUCGAUGAUGACGAGAAUGCUUUAAUACCUUAUUCAUCCAUAAUAAUGUACGAUGUGACGUUCUUGCGAGUUUUUGUUGAAUCAGUUCAUGUUUGGAUGCACGUGGAUGAGGCAGCAUUCCUGUUCUCCACGGGGACAGUUGAUGUUGAGUUCAAUGAUUGGGCUCGGACACAUUAUUCUAGACGUGCCGACAUCAAGGUACCAAAUCUCGAGAUUGCUUGCGUCAACUCGGAAUCUGCCACAAGACAUCGAUCACGAUUCCGCUCUCAUGUUGAUACCGAUGUAUUCCUCCGGACCAAUGUACAUUUUGCGCUCAUUGGGCGGAAGUACGACUUUGCACAGGAGAGACAAUUACAACAAGAAUUGAUACGCCGCCAUGACCAACGAACGCAUCGGACCAGUUUCUUGUUACUGCCAGGUCUCCUAGACGAUUUCACACCUGACACCGUUGAUAAUCCAGCACAAAGCGUCCCUUCGGUUCCUCAACCAGCUUUGUCGGGCUCAGUCGCCGACAACCGUUCGAUGUUGUCUUUGGGCUCAUCACACCAAUCUGCAAAGCUUCGCCGUAAAAGCUCGUUUCUUUCGCUAGCUAGCUCCAGUAAUGGUAGUAUUUUACGACCAGGCUCAAUUAGAACCGCCCAACAAUCUCGUGUUUCUGGUCGUACCGCCUCUAGUCCUGUUUUAUCCAAGGGUGGUGAGAUGAGACAGACGGCCCAGCCUCACGAACACCCGGCACCACCAAGCGUUUAUGGGGAACAUGGGGACAGGAGAGAUCCAUAUCAUACUAGCAUAUCCUUUUCGAGCCAAUAUUUUGCCCCCUCCUUUCCCUUGCAGAACGUCCAGCCAGAUGCCAAGGAAGCUGUAUUACGCAGCAUCGAAGAAAACGAAGAUGAUAAUCUUUUUGGUUCCUCCGAUUUCAGUUUACAAAACUUCCACCCUGACCAACUAAGUCAAGAAUAUGCUCAUCAGAGUCUACUUCUUGAGCUCCCCUCUGGAAUUAGUGUUUUCCUCAAUACCCCGUCUUUGCGGUGCAUAGCUUCGUUGAUACAAUCUUUUUCACCUUCCGACCCCGAAGAUAUUCUUGAUACCUUGCAAAUUGGAGCAGUAACCGAUAUUUUCGAUGCUCAAAAAGACACGAAAAUAAACGGGACGGUUACGGAUUUUAUCCUACGAUUACCACAAGCGAACUUACGGUUCCUAAACUGUUCGAAUUUUGAUUCUGACGAUUCCUCCCAGGAACCCCAAGACCAGUAUGAUGUGUCGCUCAAGACACUUGUGCUUGCCACGCGGUCUGGCUUACCUGCCAAAGACAUUGGUGGUACUCCUAUCGCUGGUAGCUCUCAGCUAUCGUUUCAUUUCCGGCUUGCGUCCAUGGAACUCUCCGCUGCGGAGAGACUCACAAAUCUGGACCAGAUGCCACAAGCUGCUGUAUUAGCAAGGACAGAAAGAAUUAUGGUCUCUAUGGGUUCAAAAGAAGUGAAUUAUAUCGAUGUUGAUGUUGGUGGUAUACAUGCAUCUUCAGCUUCGGGCAAGGUUGAAUACCUCGCUUCACUAAUUCAUAGGACCAGUGUGCUUGCAUCUGAAACAGCAACCCUUUUCUCUGACACGCUUUCGGCUGGAGAUGAACGUAUAAAACAGUUCACAUAUCGUGUUAUAACUGAAGGACAGCAGGCGAGUGACGCUUCUUUCGUCGUUCGUCCCUCAGCUAUCUUGCGGACGGCAACCCGACAUUUGAGAACGUAUGAUUCUUGGAAACUCGUUACAAGAUUACGUCAGAUGUGGAAUACUCUCGAUUUUGAUGCCAAAGAGAGCCUAAAGCGAGACUGUCUGUUCGGGUUCUCGCAAUACCCUAACGAUGCAAGGUACCAGGUUACCGCAGCUUUCGAGCGAUGGCGCAGCUGGGAUCUCGAAGACCCAAGACACGCAGUACUCUUAGACAACAUCUUUGGUAGAGCACCGGAGCCAAAUGCGAAUGUCUCUAACCAAAUUCCAACAAUGGUUGUAGCAAGGAUCCAAGAGAUGCAGUUUGUGCUUGAUCCUGGCCCAAAGCAGAAUGAGAUCGUCAUUUUAGACCUCACUGUGAGAGUCCAAGAGAAGAACAAUAGCAUCGAAGUGCCUAAUGAAAAGCCUAUUGAUGCGGGAGAGCCGCUGACACUUGUCAACAUAUAUUGUGGUGAAGCAUGGAUCAAGACAAACUGGGAGUUAUGUGAACUUGCAGACGAUAUUCUCCGACUCUACAAGAAAGCAGAUUCCUCGAUAUCCGAAAAACCAGAGCCCAAGAAAGAUAUUACAGCAGAACAUAAGCCAUCUCGCCCACUCCAUGUGGUAUGCGUCUUAGGAGAAGGUGCAGUAUCUUUUGAGGCUAUUAACCUAAGCUCUAGAUUGCAAAGUAGCGAUCUAAAGCUAUCAAUUCUCACGACUAAUGGAGCGCGUGGUUCUACAAAUACGAAUCUUAUAUUAGGAUGCGAAUCGGCUACUGCUAAGAUCAAAAGUCAUUCGCAAGUACUUGGCACCGCGCGACUCCAACACCCCAGUGUUAUUGUUGUACACGAUGUACAAUCCGAUAAACAAUUCGAUACACACACUAUCAGAUCAGCAGCUAGCAGUCAAGACCUCAAGUUCAUUGUUAGACAAGAUCCAAUCGUGCUAGCUGAGGUCCUGGACCUGUUGAUUAAGGACGAGGUAGCGCAGCUUUACGCACUAGGGCAGAGGUUCCCUUCAAAUCCGUCUCCUAGUCCCCAGGAACAUAAGAAAGGACGGCUAUCAACAAUACAGGGCAACUUGGCGAUGUUCUUGGACUCGUACACGAUUACCCUGCCCUUGUUACGUUCCCUUACGUACACUAUUUCCGGUGUUGUUGCGCGAGCAAAUAUGGCCGCCAAUUUUGGCAAGGAGAUGAUACUCGACUUUGACAUCAAGGAAAACUCUCAUGAUAUACAAAUCGAGGUCAAUAACACCCCUCGUAGUAUCUCACUAUUGCAGAUUCCCCCGACAAAUGGUCGCAUAACAAGUCUCACAUCCCCAGAUGAGCAUUCAGUAACAGCGCUAUUCUCGCUAGAGCUUGUAGAGCUAGAUGCAUCCGCCGUCUAUAGUUUGCUUGGUGCACUCAACCGACCAGAAAUAUCGAACGCCAUAAAUGAUCUUCAAGAACAAGUCAAAAUUUUGCAAGGGCAUAUCGAUGAAAUUUUUGGCUCCACGGGAACUUCAUCGACAGAACCAAUAUCAGACUUGGCGCCAACAAAACCCACUAAUCCAAAAUUGACAUACACCGUUCAUGGUAGCCUCGCUGGAUUGAAAAUAUUUGGCAAAGCACCGAUCAAAUCAGGUGUUGAGUCACUCGCGGGUCUGUCGUUCCAUUUGGACACGGUACAGAUACAGGUUGCGAACAAGCUAGACGAAGGGGUCAUUCUCGAAAACCCAGAAGUUCACAUUAACCUCCACCAGAUUAUGUUCAACAUCGAGAAAGGAUCUGCUAUGGGAAUGAGGUCUUGCGGAAAUCUCGCUUUUGGCGCUCUGAUUACCGCCACAACUCGCGAAUCGGAAGAAGGGAAAGAGGUAAGAUCUUUCGACUUCAAAUCUGACGCGUUUGAGAUAAAUCUCUCGUCUGAUACCGUAUCAACAUCCGUGGACGUGCUCGGUUACAUGGGCGACAAAAUCAAAGACCUCGAUACGUCACGGGAGCUUGAAUACUUGCGGAAGUUGAGACAGACAAAGCCUCGUAUCGCUAUCAACGAUGAAGAGCAGGAAGCAGAAAGCGAUAUAUUGGACUCGUUCCUCUCUUCCAUCAUGUACUCUUUUGAGAUCAAGAAUAUUCAGAUAUGCUGGCUUGUGUCUCCUCUUAACCAGCCUACGGUAGGCCAGGAAGAUCUAGUAUUAUCAUUCCAGCGGAUCGAAUUUGCUACGCGCAAGAAAAACUCGGCGAAGUUAACCAUAGAAGAUUUCCAACUGCAAAUGGUUCCACCAGGUCAAGAUAAAUCCCGACGGUCGCUAAAUUCGGCUUUACUUCCGGAAGUCAUUUUCAAUAUUGCUUUUGUCUCGACAGCUGAUGCCCGCCGACUAGCCUUCCAGGCAGUAGGAAAAUCUUUGGACUUACGCUUGACUUCUGCUUUCAUCGUACCGGCUGCACAUCUCCAAGAUUCGAUCAGCCUAUCAGCGAAGAAUGUCCAACAAGCUUCGGAACAUUGGGCGCCAAUUGUCAUGCCGGAAAAGCCAGUCAUGGCAGUUACGGGAUUAGCUGACCAAGAAGUCGAGACGAGGCGCUCCCUAUUUGGAAGCAGGAGACUUGAAUCGCUCUUAAUCGAUGCUGACUUUGCUGGAGCUGUGGUACACCUUGCUGGUAAAAGACCAGAUGACCCGACUACAUCACCUGGAUCAAAGCCUACGCUAGCUGGGAAGUACGGACAGUUCAGUACAGAUGAAACCGGCAGCAGCAUGGUACUCUGCGCUCCUGGGUUAGCCUGGAAGACCGAAUAUAGAGACAAUGGUAAAGAAGAUCCGACUUUAUAUGGAGAGAUCAAGAUUGCUCCAUCACGCAAUAUUCUCUACCCAACCAUUGUUCCUCUCAUAAUGGACAUCACCUCUAGCAUCAAGGAAGUGGUCGGUGACGACGCAUCUGAAUCGCCGGUCUCACCAGCAAAACCGAGUGAGGAUACAGAAAAGGACAAAGAUAAACCAAAGUCCAGCAACGAGGAUAAUAUUCUCACGGCAGAUCCAAGCGCAGUAUUAGGACGUGUGAAACUAAAUCUGGGUCUACGCAUCUGUAAACAAGAGUUUACUCUCAGUUGCCAACCUAUCGGCCGAGUUGCGGCUACAGCUCGCUUCGAAGAUGUUUAUAUCACCAUGAACACAGUCCACGCAGCCGAACAUGGCAAUUUCUUCGCUAUAUCUGGUACAUUCACCGGCUUUCACAUGUCCGUACAACAUGUGUAUUCUAGAGAAUCUACGGGCAGUUUCCAAGUCGAAUCAAUCGUGCUUUCGAUGAUGAACAGCAAACACGUCAGUGGCACAAGUGGCGUUUCCGCCAUUCUAAAAGUUAGUCCGAUGGAAGUGGCCAUUAAUGCCAAGCAACUUCAAGAUUUCUUACUCUUCCGAGAAAUAUGGAUGCCGAGAGAAGUGAGAUCAAGUACAGCUCCUGUCUCGACGGUUACAGCAGAAUCAAUAGCGCAAGGCCAUCUCGUCCAGAGAUACCAACAGGUCGCUGCUACGGCAGCUUUCCCAUGGACCGCGACAAUUUCCAUCGCUUCCCUAGAUGUUCUCGUAGAUCUUGGUCAAUCUCUCGGCAAGUCCAAAUUCGCUAUAACCGAAUUUUGGGUUUCGUCAAAGAAGACGUCUGAUUGGGAACAAAAUCUCUGCCUGGGAUUUUCAAGUAUUGGUGCCGAUUGUACCGGUCGAUUGAGCGGGUUCGUUGCUCUUCAGGACUUCAAAUUACGGACUUCUAUCGAAUGGCCAGAACGAGAGGAGGCGUUAAACGAAACGCCGAGAAUCCAGGCUUCGAUUUGCUUCAGCCAAUUCAAAUUAAAGGCAGCGUUUGACUACCAAGCAUUCCUUGUCGCAGAUAUCACAAAGAUGGAAUUCCUCAUGUACAAUGUGCGCCAAGAAAAAGACGCCUCUGGUGACAGACUCGUGGCGAAUCUCGACGGAGAAGCCGUCCAGGUAUUCGGUACCACGACUUCGGCUGCCCAGAGCGUUGCUUUAUGGCAGGCUAUCCAAAAACUCAUGCAAGAGCGGAAAGCAAGUUACGAGACGUCGCUACGGGAUAUAGAGAAGUUCAUGAAGCGAAAGUCGAUAUCGAAUCAACCGUCCAUCGUACAAGCUAGCCCAGGCAAGCCACACGCUAACAAAUCCGAAUCCGAAUCCCCUAUAUCCCUCGACACUGACGUCGUGGUAACGCUAAAGGCUGUUAAUCUCGGUAUCUUCCCAAGCACCUUCUCAGACCACCAGGUCUUCAAACUAGAGGCCCUAAACGCACAGGCCAAAUUCUCCGCGAACAUGGAAGAAAAGCGCAUCCACAGCAGCCUAGGUCUAACACUCGGCCAACUCCGAAUCGGUCUCGCAGGCGUCCGCCGAGUCGAGGCUCCGAAGGCCGUCAGCGAGAUCUCAGUCGAAGACGUAGUAGCCAGCGCCACGGGCUCGCGCGGCGGCACGAUCCUCAAAGUCCCUAAGGUCGAAGCCAGAAUGCAGACGUGGCAAGUGCCCGAGUCCCGCAACAUCGAGUACAUCUUCAAGAGCUCGUUCGAGGGCAAGGUCGAAGUCGGCUGGAACUACAGCCGCAUCUCGUACAUCCGCGGCAUGUGGGCCAACCACAGCAAAGCCCUCGCACAGACCUGGGGCCGCGAAUUACCCGCCAUGUCCGCGAUCAAAGUCACCGGGGUCCCGGAGCAGACGGAGGGUUCCGGCGCGCAGCAGCAGCAGAAAAUCACGGCUGAGGUCAAUGUCCCGCAGUCGAAGUACGAGUACGCGGCGCUGGAACCGCCUGUCAUAGAGACGCCGCAGCUACGGGAUAUGGGCGAGGCGACGCCGCCGCUGGAGUGGAUCGGCUUGCAUAGGGAGAGGUUGCCGAAUCUUACGCAUCAGAUUGUGAUUGUUUCGUUGCUGGAGCUCGCUGGGGAGGUGGAGGAUGCGUAUGCGAAGAUUUUGGGGUCGUCGUAG